AAAACCUGCACCCAGUAAGCAGCACACAGUAUGACACAAGCACAUAGUCACGGGCAUGCACGGACGCACACACUCAGCUUAGUAGCAUCAAACACUCAAGACUCUCCUGGGAUAUGAACACGCUCAUCCCCACCUGUCUCCUGUGCUUCGUUGUGUGCAGCACUCAGGGAUCUGAGGCCUCACUCUCCGUUGAAUUAAGCACAGUAACUGGUGGCCCAGCUUCUGAUGAGGCCCUUGAGAUUUUGUCAAACAAUGAUGACGAGCUGGAUGUAGAUGAAGAACUCUCAGGAGGAUCCAAUACAACUUCCACCCUUCAUGAGUCUUACAUCAGCAAAGAUGAAGCGAAGAAAAGAAAAGGCAAAAGCAGGAAGAAGAACAAGCAAAAGAGCAAAAGCACCACUGCCUCCAACCCCAAGCACACGUUCAACACCAGCGGCUUCACGUCGGCUGUCAGCACCGGCGACGAUCCCUGCACCUCCACUCACCUGGGCUACUGCAUUCAUGGAUACUGCAAGUACAUGGAAGGCCUGCAGGAGCCCGUGUGUAUCUGCAUGAAGGGCUACGAUGGCGAGCGCUGUGGGAUCCAGACUCUGGAGACAAACAAGGGGAAGGACGAGCAACACAAUAAUGCUGAGCUGGUGCAGACAGUCUUAGUGAUCAUUGCUGUGGUCCUGUCAGUCAUCAGCUGCACCGCCAUCCUGCUCAUGACCUGCACUCAUUACAGGUCACAAAAAAACUUCCUGGCAGCUUACCUGGGAACUGGGACGGAACAGGAGAAGCUCCAGAAACCCAUCAAUGACGUCACAGUGUGAGAGACUUGUGUGACUGACAGUGAGCCAGUUGCAGUGCUAAAGAUGCAGCAGACCAGAGGAGCAACACUGAUUCCAGUCACACAGCUUCAUUAGACCCUGUAAAGAGCACAUUUCCUUAACUUCAGUAGAAUGUAAUUUAUUUGAGCGUAAUUAUUUAUUGACACAAUCUUUGUAUGAGUAUUUGUACGUCAGAGGUUUGUAUGUGGGAAUGCUGAGCAUUCAGUUUGUUGAUGUGUAGGCGAGGUUUUAUUUAUUAAACUGCUAUUGUUAUAGGUCAGACAAAGGCGCUUCAUCUCACAUUGAAGAGGGAUGAAAUUCAAUCACCAAUAAAGUGUCUCAGUGUUAUGUUGAA